AAAAAAAAAGAUCCAAGUCCCUUCUAAUUUUGCACUGGUCUUGUAAUUAUAUAAUCUGGAGGUUCUGAUAUCUUUUUUUUUAUUUACAAUCCAUGAUGGGUCGCAGAUCAUUGGUUGGUGUCGGAGCUCUGAUUCUGAUUCUCUUAACAACGUUUCCAUCGUCUAGAGCUUUGGUUUCGUCUCCUGAAGCUAACCAUCAUUACCCUAAAGCCAUCUCGGAUUUGAAGGAAGCAAUUGUGAAGGGACUUGGGUUCCAAUCAGAAGAAGUCAAGAUCUCUGGGUUUGAUGUGAGGGAUGCAUUGGUAGGACAUGCUGUUUCUUAUAAGUUUGAUCUUGAGAUUGAUAAGAAAGUUCUUCCCAUCAAGCUUCUUGAAGAUGUGAAUCGAUGGGAGUAUGUUGACCUCCCUAUUUUCCAAGUGGAACAGCCUAAUGGUUUGGUUCCUAUGAGGAACAAGAAGAAGUCUGGUGAUGUUUCGCCUGUUUUAGCUCCGUUUCAGCUUGCUGGCCCCAUGGAACUGUGGAUCCAAGAUGCUAACGAUAUGCGUCUUUCACUGCCUUAUGAUGUUGAUGCUGGUGUUUUGAAGAAAGUGAUAUUAGGAGAUGGUGCUGUUGUUACUGUCAAAGGAGCUAGAUCAGUUAGUCUGCGCCACCCUAUUGAUUUGCCACUUCCAUUAAACCAAAGCUCCAGCGAGUUUGCCUCUGGUCUUCUCUCAUUAGCUGAGCAGCUUCGACGUGGUGCUUCAUCAACUGAUCAAGAAACCCCACUUCUCUCUCUCCGCAUUGUUGGUCCUACUUCCCUUGCAUCGACCUCGCAGUCUCCUGAGAGCAAACUCAAGCUUAAGCGCCUUGCGCCUGGACUUGUGGAACUAUCCUCCAUGUCUAAAGACAAAGGUAGUAGUAGUAGUAGUGUCACAACAAUUGACGGUGUUACUACAACUGUCCUCACGCCAAGGGAGUUCACAACCAUGUGGCCAAUCACUUCAAUCAACGGCUCCAACGCUAACUUACUCGGCUUUGAGAAGCUGUUGACCUCUGUUUUAGGUCCCAAAGCUCAGGAAGAAGGUUCUUUUAAGGUGUUGAAAGCAGAUGUUGCAGCUCAAACGUUUAUGAAGAUUGGUUUUGGUGUAGAGAGGAAGCUGAGGGAAGGUGAUCUUGAAGGAUUAAACUUUCCAGAGUGGAGAACAAAACCCAAAACAAUGAGAAUGCAUUUUGAGGUUCUUGCUAAGGUUGAUGGUGACAAGGUUGUGCCAGAGAACGUAAUGAGGGUUGAUCCUAUACCGUUGGAGGAUACGGUUGCGCAGAAUGUGAUUACCGGGAAUGUAACCAUGUCGAAACUUCUAAUCGUUCAGCCUCCUCCAAGCCCUUUCACCUUGUAAAUCAUGUGGGCAUAGUUGAUGUUUUAUGAGAAAAUUUAAUGACUUGGCAUACACGUCUUUGUUUUCCUUAAUUUACUAACCGUAACUGCAGAAGAAGUGUAUGUUAUAUACUUCACUGCUACUUGUAAUUACUACUCUUUUUGGUUUAAAUAUACACGAUAUUAUGAUAAUGGCUUCGUUA